CGAGCGAGCGAGCGAGAGAGACAGAGAGGAUGCGAAAGGAUAGAAGGGGAGGGAAAGAAGGAAGGGAAGCGCCGGAGAAAGGGGAGAAAAAAGUGUGUAGGGCAUGAAUAAAGGGAUUUCAGCAGCUCAUAGUGCGUCUAACGUCCUGGGGGCUCGGCUAUGAGUGAUUCACUGAAAGGGGCACUUUGAGAUAUGAUGAGGUUUCUCACUGGUGGGCAAUAGUACUAUGAUUUGGUAUGUGGCCACUUUGAUAGCAGCAAGUGUAUUCAGCACCCGAGGAACGGCUGCUCAAGGUGCCCACGGAGUCAGAGAGGAGCCCCAGUUUGUGACGGCCCGUGCUGGGGAGACCGUGGUUCUGGGAUGUGACGUGUCCCACCCGCUCAACGGCCAGCCCUACGUGGUGGAGUGGUUUAAGUACGGAGUCCCCAUCCCCUUCUUCAUCAACUUCCGCUUCUACCCUCCCCAUGUGGAUCCGGAAUACGCCGGUCGAGCCACCCUGCAUGGAAAGUCAUCUCUGCGGAUUGAGAGGGUGCGCUCGGAAGACCAGGGUUGGUACGAGUGCAAGGUUCUGAUGCUGGAGCAGCAGUACGACACCUUCCACAAUGGCAGCUGGGUGCACCUCACAGUGAACGCUCCUCCCACCUUCACGGACACCCCACCACAGUACGUGGAGGCUAAAGAGGGAGGCAGCAUCACUCUGAGCUGCACGGCCUUUGGGAACCCCAAGCCCUCGGUCAGCUGGCUACGGGAGGGAGAGCCCUUGCAGGACAGCGACAAGUAUAAGGUGAGUGAUGGCAGUCUGACUGUGUUGUCUAUUAGCCGGGAGGACAGAGGAGCGUACACGUGCAGGGCCUACAGCGUGCAGGGAGAGGCCAUCCAUACCACACGCCUACUCGUCCAAGGACCUCCAUUUAUCGUAUCCCCUCCAGAGAACAUAACCGUAAACAUAUCCCAGGAUGCAUUCUUCACCUGCCAGGCCGAGGCGUAUCCUGGCAACCUGACGUACACCUGGUUCUGGGAGGAAGAUAAUGUCUUCUUCAAGAAUGAUCUGAAGCGCAGAGUGAGAAUUCUGAUCGAUGGCUCCCUAAUCAUUGCCCAGGUGAAACCUGAAGAUGCUGGGAAGUACACCUGCAUUCCCAGUAACAGCCUUGGCCGGUCGCCCUCUGCAUCAGCAUACCUGAUAGUGCAAUACCCUGCCCGCGUGGUGAACAUGCCACCCGUCAUUUACGUGGCCAUCGGACUGCCGGGGUACAUCCGCUGCCCGGUGGAUGCCAACCCACCUGUCACUUCAGUGAAGUGGAGAAAAGACGGCCUGCCUCUGCGGGUAGAGAAGUACCCUGGCUGGAGCCAGAUGGAGGAUGGGAGUAUUCGAGUGGCUGAGGUGACAGAGGACUCUCUCGGCACCUACACCUGCGUGCCUUACAACGCCCUGGGUACCAUGGGACAGUCCCCUCCCGCCCCCCUGGUGCUAAAGGAUCCCCCUAAGUUCAUGGUGGUUCCUGGAGGAGAAUACAGGCAGGAAGCAGGAAGAGAGCUGGUCAUCCCCUGUGAGGCAGAAGGAGACCCCUUCCCCAACAUUACCUGGAGAAAGGUAGGGAAGCCCAGCAAGGGCAAGCACAACGUCCUACCCAGAGGCAGCUUACAGUUUAAAUCUCUCACCAAGGAGGACCACGGAGAGUGGGAGUGUGUCGCCACCAACGUCGCCACGAGCAUCACUGCCAGCACGCACCUCCUAGUAAUCGGCACAAGCCCUCACGCCCCAAACAACGUCCGCGUUACGGUCUCGACGACCUCGGCCAACGUCUCGUGGGACCCUGGCUAUGACGGAGGUUUUGAGCAGACAUUCUCAGUCUGGGUGAAGAGGGAGGAGCUGGGCCCGCAUGAUUGGCUCUCCAUGCCUGUGCCCAGUGGGCAGCACUGGCUGCUGGUGCAGGGCCUGGCGCCCGAGACGGCCUACCAGUUCAGCAUCCUGGCCCAGAACAAGCUGGGGACAGGCCCCUUCAGCGAGGUCGUCACUGUGAACACUCUAGUAUUUCCUAUAAGUACCCCUGAACCACUGGUGCUGCUUACCCCACCACGGUGCCUCACAGCCAACCGGACACAACAGGGAGUCCUACUAACGUGGCUCCCUCCAGCCAAUCACACGUCGCCAAUUGAUCAUUACAUCAUGGAGUUUCGCCUUGGCGAGAGUUGGGAAGUCCUGGAUGAUGCAAUUCCUGCUGGAGAGACAGAGCUGUUGGCCAGAGAUCUAGUUCAGGAGGCAUGGUAUGAGUUCAGAGUUAUGGCAGUUAUGGAAGACCUCAUCAGUGAACCCAGUAAUAUAGUUGGGGUCUCCAGUACAGAAUUCUUCCCGCCAGACAUGCCAGACGAGGGACUGGCGCGGCCGGUGGUGGCGGGCAUUGUGGCCACCAUCUGCUUCCUGGCAGCAGCCAUCCUCUUCAGCACGCUGGCAGCCUGCUUCGUCAACAAGCAGCGGCGGCGCAAGCUCAAGAGGAGACGAGAUCCUCCACUUUCGAUAACACACUGCAGAAAAAGCGUGGAGACUCCGACUCCUCUAACCCCCCUGCCUGGUAUAGAGCCCUUCUGGGAGGGGACGGAUGGGAGCAGCUACAGGCCCCCACCUUCAAGCCCUCAGUCAUCUUCAGGAAAGAUGAGCCCGGAGAGUGUCCGCUCCAUUGGACCACCAUCUGAGUCCUCUGAGGAUGGCUUGAGAGCUAAGAAGUUUCCUCCAAGUCCUGCCAAGGAGAAAGAGCUGUCCUUAUACAAGAAGACCAAAAGAGCAAUAAUUAGCAAGAAAUACAGUGUCUCUAAGCAUGAAGCUGAGGCUACCACACCUAUAGAGUUGAUCAGCCGUGGCCCAGAUGGUCGCUUUGUCAUUGAUACCAGUGAAACAGAGACUCCUGUCAAGCCCAGGCGUAUUGAGGGCUUCCCUUUUGUGGAAGAGUCGGAUCUCUACCCGGAAUUUCGACAGUCCGAUGAAGAGAAUGAUGAUCCAGGUCCUAUGCCUCCUAUGAUGGCCACUCUCAGACCCCAUCAGAUCUCUCCCAUCUCUUCCAGCCAGGAGUCUUACAUGCAGCCGCCAGCCUAUAGCCCUCGCUUCCAGAGGCCUAUGGAAGGUAUGACCAUCAUGGAAAGCAGUCGGCUUCAGGCCACAGGGCAAAUUCGUGGUGCUCCUCAUUUCCGAGCCUUUUCCCAUGGCCAGUUCUACGGCUAUUUGAGCAGUCCUGGAGAACCUGAGCCUCCACCUCCUUUCUACAUGCCCGACACCAGCCCACUUAGCUCGGUCAUGUCUUCACCCCCUUACCACCUCGAAGGUCCUUUUGGUCAUCCUACAAUACCGGAAGAGAUCAGUGAGGGAGAGAUUCAACACUAUGCAGUCUCUGGCUGCGCCCUUCCCUUGACACAUACCUCCUCCCGUUCCCCAGACAUCUGGCAACGGCCUGAUUUCUCCUUCGCCACGCUUGAGGGUCCUCACUUCAUAUUCCCACCCCACCACCCGUUGCAGUUUCACCGGGAACCUCCCCUUCCUCCUCCACUUGUUCUCCCUCCUAGUGCUCUCCCACCCGCUUCCAUUCACUUACCCUCCUACCCUGGUAUCCUGCAGCUGGAGGCCCCAAAAAGUCGGCCAGGCAAGUCUCCCAGCAAAGUCAAGCCUCAGGGCCUUCCAGCCAUGCGUUUACCUAUGCAAGAGGCACAGAGUCUAGGGCAGCUAAGACACACAAGCCACGGUAUGGGUGUGCCGGUAUUGCCUUACCCUGACCCAACGUCUCACAUGGUUGGCCCUAGCUCAUUCGGAAGCCUGGAUACGCGCUGGUAUGAGCUAACUCCCAGACUCAGCCCCAGGCAGCCGCGUAGGAUGGAACCCAGCAUGGUGGUUCUCCAGCCCUCCCGUCUCUCACCUCUCACUCAAAGCCCCAUUAGCUCUCAUGAGGGCUCACCAGAGAUCGUAGUGCGUCCCAGGCCCCGUCCUAGCAUUGUCCAGCCACCAAUCCCCCCUGAGAUGUCUGAAAUUACCCUGCAGCCCCCCUCUUCUGUCACCUUCUCUAGAAGGUCCUCACCCUCUUCCUCUCCUGCUCAAGGCCAGGGCAGCCGAAGGGCAAGUCCUAGCUACCGCUCCCACAUGGCCUUUGCCUCCUCAGCAACAAGCUAUCCGUCCCAGUCCCCAUCACCCCCCAUGGAAAGCAGCAACGUUUUUGGGCAGAUGCCAACCCAGAGGAGGACUGAGGAGGAGAUCCUUCCAUCAGAACCCUCUCCGCCCCAGUUAUCAGCUUCAGGAAAACGUCGAGGUACACCGAGUGGCCCUGCAGGGUCUGAGAGGAUAGAAGCACUGAGAUACCAACGAGUCAAAAAAGCCAAGAAGGUUGCAGUCAACAAUAACAACUCUAAGUCCAGAAGGAAAAUAGGUGUGCCGCCCUCUCAGACCCAGCAGCCCCACACCUCUCAGGUCCUCCCGCCAGAAGAAGCUCUCUACCUCCGCAAGAAGAAGAGGAAGUUGACCAGACAGGACCCGUACACCCGCUUCUCUGCUCUGCUGUACCGCCGCCCGCUGCGAGAGGACCAGAAGGCCAUUUUGGCCAGUAUGGACACAGCGGACCCGGACCACGCCACUCUCCUGUGAGGGCCCACAGACCAGGCCACACUCUUCCCAAAGCCCACUGAUCCUGCACUGAGUUAUCCCGGCACCUUGGCUCAGCCAGCCACGCUCCGUAUCCACACCUCAUGUCCCGCUCCACUCUUUUCUUUUCACUUAUUUUAUCAUGAGAUAUCGCUGGUUGGUAGUGUUCCAAGGUUUUGCUCCAGUGCAAGAUUACCUCAAAUAAAGAAUUGGUCCAGUUUUAAGCAGUUCUUUUUUUAGGUCCCUGAGUCCCUGAGAUUUUUAUUCCUCUUCCAGCAGAGGAGGGUCAGCGUUUAGGCUCAUGCAUAUAGUUUACAGCUUUCAUGACUCCUCACAUUCCUGCACCUGUCCCAUUCUGCCAGUAGUCUCACUCUGUCUCAGUAGAACACAGGGUUCUCACACAUAGACAAAAUAUACCUCAGAGUCGCCCGAGACUCAUCAGCUCAACACUGCUGUACAGACAAACAUUCAAUAAACCUCCAAACAGUUCCAGACAUUUCAUUCCAAGUGUACAUUUCAGGCAUUUUGCAUUUCUGAGAAUUGCUUCUUGUUAGGUUGAGUAUUUGCAUUGAAAGAAAGGAGACGUUUCAGGUCUUAAGGCACCCUGACUGUUAUGCCCAUGAUGGUAUUAUGUAUUACAAGUACAUAAUAAGCAUUGUGUGUGUGCAGUGUUGUUAGUCUUUCCCAUUCACAUACAGUAUAGGAUCCUUCAUUUGCUCCUCCAGGAACGUGGAAUGAUCAGUAUUUCCAGUUUGGCGGAGGGCCUCAUUUUUUCAAAGCACAACGAUUCAUGCUUUUUCUUUCGCUGAAGUAAAGAGAGGUUCUAUUUUGCUGUCAAUUGUGAAAUAAUACUGAAAAGGGAACAAAAACAUUCACCCAAAGAUGCACACAGACUAAUUUCCACUACAACCAGAAGCUGCUAUGGCCACAUGUGUGCAUUGUUCUGGG